GUGGUUGUAGCCUUACUACGAAUUUCAUUACGAGUAAAAUGUCUUGGCAAUAGACAGUCUACGUUGUCUUUGUCUGCGAGGUCGGGGUCGGUAGCGCAGCACCGGGAACAUCGAACAAAUAUUUUUUUGGAGGAUCGUGGGCCAAUAAAGGCACAAACAAUCAUCUCAUCAUGGCAGCUGAGGAGAGAGAAAGAGCAACCAAGAAGAAAUUGCAGCAUUUUCUAAUGCAGAUGCUGAAGAUGGGAUGUGUAAAGGGUUUCAAGUAUUUUGAUAUUUAUAUGAGAGGACGUGAGGAAAUGAUAUGCACAAUCAUGAAUGAAGAUUUGUCAAACAAUGAAACGCCUUCUCCUGGGAUCGAAAAGGAACGAUUCACAUUUAACAAAACUGACAGUGGCAGCUUUGAUAAUUUACCCCUUGAACAGAGAGAGUUGAUGCUUUCACAGAAUACUCAACAGAAACUCAGUGGCUUUGGGUAUAUGGAUGUAGGCUUGCCACCAGCCUCGCCUAGUGAAAGAGAAAUUGGUCCAAUCAAUACAGAGUCAACAUUAUUCCUUAUAGCUGGCUAUGGGAAGUACAACUGUCCUUAUGUAUGGGUGAGGAGUAACCAUGAUAGACUGGUGAAGAUAUCUGAUAACCCAUCUUUCUCUAAAGACAGUCCACUUAGACUCAAAUCAACAUCAAACUGGGGUGAGAGUGAUGUGAAGGUUUGGCAGAUAAUAGCCGAGUUAGUGAAGCUGUGUACACGGCCGGCCCCGAAGAAUCCAUUUGAAGUCAACAUGGAGUACUUUGACACUCUAAAGAAAGGCGAGAGGGUCAUUGCCUUGGGUGCCAUGGCUUAUUUCCUUCAGAGUGUAGUAACGGAAGGAUGCGAGAGGUCAUUUAGUGGUCUAGUUGCCAAUAAUUUAAGAGAAGUCCACCGCCUUCACCUGAAAGAAUUUCAGGAGGUCAUCAAAGAAAAUGCUUCGAAACAGCAGGAGGCUAAGAAAUUAUCUAGUCGGGGAGGCAGUCGGUCCGGAGGAACGUCACCCAGAAAACAGGGAGGCCUUACACCACGAGGGCCUGGUGUAGCUGUUAGUCAGAGGCAACAGACUCAAGGGCAAUAUGGAGGAGGGACUUACGGGCAAGCCUACUGAUUACUUAGUGAAUGUUUAUAUGGAGGUGGACUUAUCAACAUGCAACUGGUUUAGUAUUGAAUAUUCAUAUGGAGAUGGGACUUCUGAACAAGCCUUCUGAUUCAAUGUUUUAAUUAUGGUAUCUAGGUGGGACUUCUGGAAGACUACUGAUGCAAUAUUAAACAUUUUAUGUGGAGGAAGGACUUACGAACUUGCUUACUGAUUUAAUAUUUGAAUAUUCAAAUGGAGGAGGGACUUCUAAGCAAGCCUGCUUAUUUCAAUAAUCAUACAGAGAUCUUGCACAGAAGCCAACUGAUUCAAUAUUGAAUACUCAUGUGGAGGAGGGACUUACCAACAAGCCUGCUGAUUCAAUAUUGAAUAUUCGUGUGGUGGCAGAACCUCUAAAAAAACCUAGUAAUUUAUUAUUGAAUAUUCAAAUGGAGGCGUGAUGGAGUAGAUUUUGUUGGAUGGGGAGGUGUGGCCUAAAGACAGCCUGGACAACAUUACAGAUGCAAUAUCCAAUAUUCACUCGGUGGGCGAGGCUUAUGGACAUGCUGGACAUGGGCCAGUAUUUAAUUUGAUACAAAAAGCCUGAAUUUUCAGUAUUUUACUCAGAAUUUUGCUUCAUUAAAAUGCCUUACCUUCUUUGGUAUUCAGCAUAGGGAUGCAUUUGUGGGGGCGUCGUGGUCUAGUGGUUCUGACUCUCGCAUUUGAAACAGAGGGUCGAGAGUUCGAAUCCUAACCAUGGCG